UAGUGUUUACAUUCGCAUGGCGCUGGUAGGUGGUGUAUUAACAACCAGUGGUAGGUCAGACCCCUCCACCUCUGCCACUAUAGUGAGGACGUUUGUACCUUAGAGUCUUAUUGUGUAAUAAUUCUAUUAGGCACAGCAGAAUCAGCACUACAGUCUCAGGUGAACGGAUUUCAUCGAAGGUUCAACAUCAUAAAGACAACAACCAUCACUUCCCUUAUAGUAUGCCAGAUUACUGUAGCUUCAAUGGUGUUCUGGCUAACAUCAAUUAGAGCAUUAGACGAACACAGAGUGUUUCUUGAGGAGAACCUCGAAGCCCUGGGACAGUGUCCAAACCACUGGGUAUUGUUUGGAAAAUUGAAUUUCUAUUGGAACUACCUCGCCUACGACCUACUGUUCCAACUCAUUGAGGUCCUCGCUACUCAGUAUGAUAGAUUCAAGACUACUGGUGAAGACAUGGCUGCAUACAAAAGAGAUAUCAAGAGGUUUAGAAGUACAACAUCCCUGAGACUGUUCUGUGAGGCUGAAAUCGUGCCAUUCUCAUCGCAAAGUGAUCCCCCACCAGGUUUCAGAGAUAUGGUAGUCAAAUUCGACUGGUCGGAAAACGUCACGCUGGAGGAAGUCGAACGGUUCAGGAGACGCUAUUGCGAACUGUAUAGACUAGAGCGUUGUGCCAUGAUGGUGAACAGUAUUAGACCGGGGUCGUUCAUAGUCACGUGGUUCGUUCCAAUAUCCAUCAUUAAGGCCCUCAGUCGGAAAGGAGAUAAAGCUCUGAAUUUAUUUGUGGAGUUCGGUGUUGCCAGGCUAGAGAUAGCUGGGGAUUGUUUGUAUCAGGCACCGGCAGAGCUUAAUGUGGCCCCUAUCUCAAUUGCAACAUCGUCAGCUUCCCUCUCAGUUGCAACAUCGUCAGCUGAAAGAAUGGAACUGAAACCGGCUAAAUUUCCUGCUCGGAAAAAGGUUCAAGAGCAAGGAAGUUCACUAGUGAGAGCUGGUGAAUAUUUUGUGGAACACAAGCAAGAAAUAAUCCUACUCUUGAAAAGAUACAAAGUCGUGGAAUGUCUCAUCUUAGCUAAAAGUGAUUAUCAGGGGGUUAUUCAAAUGCAGCAGGUUGUAACAAUCGGUGUAACUGCGGCUGUGGUUGCGGGAGGUGCAGUUGGUGUUUUGGCAUUUGGUGCUUUGGUAUUUGGUGUUUUGGUAUUUGGUGUCAUUGGGUUCGCUGUAGGUGCAAUGGUUGCCGGAGGGUUGUGGUAUGGCAUUAGGGGUGGACGACAAUUACGAUCUGAGGCAGACAAAGCCAAACAAGCGAUACAUGGGAUUGAGGGAAAAGUCAGUGACAGAAAACGUAGCAUUCAACGUGAAGAUGAGACCAGAAUCAAAAGAAUGAUAUCAUUUUUGAAAAAGCUGCAAGAAUUUAUUGAAGUGUAUGAAAAUGUUUCAGAGAAAUGCGAUGACCAAGCUGCAUUAGCCCAGAAAUUGGAUGAAAUGUAUGGGAGAGAAGGAGCAUACCGCCUCUAUGAUUCUCGUGGAACACGAUUAGUCAAUUUAUCUUUCAAGGAUGCCUUGGCUGCAUUUAUCGAAAUGACUGAAAAAGGAAGCCGCUAUGUUUUCAGUGUUCGAUUUCACUGUGACAUCUGCAAGUACCAACGUCUGGAAUUCCCUUAUGUCAUCUCUGAUAAACCGGUCUGUGCUAAAUGCUACACAGAAGUGCAGUUUUAAUUACUGGACCGUUCACUUUCAAUAUUGUUAUGUGACUUUGUAUAAUUUGUAAUGUCAACUUUAUGGCAAUUUGUUAC